UUUUUUUUUUUUUUGUAAGCAUUGAUUUUUAACAAAUGAUACAAACAGUUUUUCCUUGUCAAUGGUCAAAUUGUGAAGAAAGUUGCACAAGUGCCGAAGACCUAUUUACCCAUUUAUCAGAGAAGCAUAUAGGACGAAAAGCAACUAACAAUUUAUGUUUACAAUGUCAAUGGAACAAUUGUGGUACUGUUGCAGCUAAACGAGAUCAUCUCGCAAGUCAUGUAAGAGUGCAUGUACCUUUAAAACCUCAUCAAUGUUCAAUUUGUAGUAAAGCAUUUAAACGACCUCAAGAUUUGAAAAAACAUGAAAGAAUUCAUACAGCAGAGCAUCAAGCUUCUUUGUUAAGUAAUCAGCCUGGCUACAAGCCAGUCAGAAGAAGAAGAAGAAAGACAGCAAAUACAAUUGCAUCAACAAAUUCUUCUUCUUCAACAAAGUAUACUCAUCUUUCUUCUAAUAAAGAUCUAUUAUCUUUGCGUAGUAGCCCUAGUUUCUCACUUGAAGACAAUGAAAGCCAUAAAUUAUAUCCAGAAACAGAUGAAGAAUAUUUUAAUUCUGGUUACUUACAACAAGAUCCAGUUCAAGAUUUUAUUGACGAUGUCUUGUAUAAUCAAGCCUCUCCGACUUAUGAUACAGAUAUGAUGGAAAAAUUAAAUUCAAUCGCUCCCAUAUUGGAACAACAAAAUAAUUGGAAUUUACCCUGUGAACCAGAUUCUAUUCCUGCCUUACAUAAUUGGCUUGAACAAUUGUCUGCUAACAUCAAUACUGAAGAAAAUAUUUAUCCUGAUAUUUUAAACAAUAAUGUUGAUUUAUUUCAACAGCCACAAUUAUCAACUACUAAUAAUUAUGACUUAUAUCCAAAGUUAGUAGUAGAGGAAGAUGAACGAGUUAUAAAUGAUUUGACCUCUCAGUUACUUAAUCAUGAUAGUCCUUCAACCUACAAUACACUCACUGACACACAGAACAUAUUUUUAUCUCCUUCUAUUCAACAGACUACGUCUGCAAGUGAAUCUUCUGUCGUUCAUACACCUUCUUAUGAUGAAGAUGAUAAGAAUAGCAUAACUAUUCAACCUCAAUUCUGGUCUCCAGGAUAUAUUCACUCACCUCUUUAUAAUAAUAACUCUAUGCUAUCACCUUCUAUGUCUAUUGAUGUAAAUACCACAAAGACUAAGACUAAACCAGAAAAAGCUACUGUAUUUGAAGCAAGUCAACAAGAAACUCAUGUUGCUCUUACACCUGUCAUGGACGCCUCUACUAAUUCUGCUAGCUUUGAAAACAAAAAGGAGUUAAUACAUAUGAUAAACGUCUUUUCUUCUGCUAAAGUAACACCAACAUAUAAAAAGCAAAAGGAUCAUGUAAAAUUAGAUGAUACCAAGAAGACCGUAUCUGAUAAAGCUGAACCUGAAAAGAAAGACAAGGUUAAAGAAGAUGUAUCUCCUAUUAUUAUUAAUACUGCUAGCUCUCCUUCUAACAAUAAUUAUCAUACCAUCUUGAAUGAACCACAUCAUUCACCUCAUGAGUUAGAAGAUGAAAAUAUCAAGUCUCCUUAUGCAAAUUUGGUGGAUUUAAUCAAAGAUUUAAAAAUUAAAGGUGCUGAUAACAAAGAUGAAGAAGAGGAUGAAGACGAAGAAGAGGAUGAAGACGAAGAAGAGUACGAAGACGAAGAAGAGUACGAAGACGAAGAAGAGUACGAAGACGAAGAAGAGGAUGAAUUAAGUAUUAGAAGACGUCAUGCAUUGGUAGUUGAUCGACUCUGGAAAGCAGUCUCUGCUCGGUUAACUACUCUACAAUAAACAAUAGCUUUUUUUUCAAUCCAUUUCAUUUCAUACGUAAAAUACUGGUUGAUAAUGUAAUUCAUGUACUAUAAUAAACGCACUUUCUUUUUUAAUGAU